AUGAUGACAUGCGAGACCUAUAGACUAGAUAUAUGAGGGAUGUCCUUCUUGUCCUGUUGUUCACAAAUCAUUGAACAUCUUGAAUACAUUCCUACAAUUAUCAACUAUAACCAAUUCGUUCCAAUGGCCGCUCAACAAGUCGCACUGAUCCUCGGUGCGGGGCCCCGCGUUGGAGCCGCCGUCGCAGCCAAAUUCGCAGGCGCGGGGUACAAAGUCGCCGUCGCAUCGCGGAAGGGAACCGGCAGCACCACAGACGAAGGCUACCUCUCGCUCAAGGCCGACUUCACCAAACCGGAGACGGUGCCCGCCCUCUUCGACGCAACAAAGGCUGCUUUCAAAACUGCCCCAAACGUUGUCGUCUACAAUGCCGCGAGCCUAACUGCCCCUACAGACAAGGACUCGGCACUUACGAUCCCUCUGUCGAGUUUUGAAGCGGAUCUGAAUAUCAACACGGUCAGCCCCUACGCUGCGGCGCAGGAAGCCGUCAAGGGUUGGGAGAGCCUUCCGGCGGAAAUCAAGAAGACGUUUAUCUACACGGGCAAUGGCCUGAACACGAACGUGCUAGCUAUUCCCCUCAUGCUCAACCUUGGGGCCGGGAAGUCUGCUUCGGCAUAUUGGCUGGCGGUUGCGGAUGGGACGUAUGCGCCCCGGGGAUAUAGGUUCUUCUACGCCGACGAGCGCAACGCUGAUGCGAGUUUCAUGGGAAAUGCUCUCAACGGGGAUGCGCAUGCCGACUUUUUUGCGCAGUUAGCGAAGCAUGAAGGGGAUGUUCCGUGGCUUGCGACGUUUGUUAAGGGGAAGGGGUAUGUUAAGUUUGAGAGCUAGGGUAUGAUUCGCUGCUGCUGGGCGAAUGCCGGAAUUUCCUACAUUAUUCCGGACUCGUAGUAGACAGUAUAGCUCGAUUGUAGCUUAUUCAUGAAUUUAUGUGUUUUUUUUAACCUGGCUACCGUCUGUUUCCAAUCAUAGGUAUUGCUAAUAGCGCUUUGCUCCGUUUCUGGCCGUCAGAGAGCGCCUAAAGGUUGAUUUGAUUGCCCAAUAUGCGGGUCGGAGCGAUUAGAAGUACCGCUCAACUGAUCGCACUCGAGGCCCAGAAUUGAGCUCAGAUGCAAUACCGAUAGGACUUGCCGAAUAUUCGUCUGGAGACCAAUGAACCACUUUGAGAUUAUCG